GGGCGGACUGUGCACCUGCAGGAGCCACAGGAGCCACAGGAGCCACUCUCCUAAGGAGUCACUCUCCAGAAGAGCCGAAGGAGCCACUCGCCAGAGGAGCCGCAGAGGAGCCGCAGAGGAGCCGCAGAGGAGCCGCAGAGGAGCCGCAGAGGAGCCGCAGAGGAGCCGCGCGCACCUGCGCUCUGGGACUUUCCAGUCCAGCGCGCGCAGAGGGAGAGACAGAUCAGACUCAUGCUCCACGUGAGGACUGUCCCGUCCGUGACUCGGACAGGGGUCAAACGGCUCCUCUGUCCUCGCAGACCCCGCUCCAGCUCCUCGGUCGUGUCUGACGCGGGGACAGAGCGCGCGGACAGAGGCGCAGAGCCGGACUGUCCCGGACAGUGGGGUCAGGACAAACACGGCCCCGGCUCCGCUCCAGACCCAGAUAAUGAGAUCCACAUAGACUUUGAGCAGACCCAGGAGGCCUACAGGAGCAAAGACUCGAUUCAACUGCUCAGAAGUUUGGUGGUUUUCAAACUCUGCUCCUAUGACGUCAUGGUCCACAAGAAUAAAGAGAUUACCGCUUUGGGUAAGAGGCUCCUGGGGCAGCGAGCGUUUAACCAGGUGAUGAAGAUGACGUUCUACGGUCAGUUUGUGGCCGGUGAGGACCACGUGGCCAUCAAACCUCUGAUCCAGAAGAACCAGGCGUACGGCGUGGGCUCUGUGUUGGACUACAGCGUGGAGGAAGACAUCGGACCAGAGGAGACAGAGCUGAAAGACUCCUGCACCGCCGCCGCAGACACGAGCCGACUCGGCCACGAUCGCAGAGGGAAACAACAUCAAGAGCACGCAAACUUCCACGGCGGAGCGAGCGGGACGGCGACGUAUUUCCACGCAGACGAGUCCAAAUGCGACCGCCACAUGAGCACGUUUAUGAAGUGCAUAAAGGCGUCAGGUGCAACGUCCUCGGAUGGAUUUUCUGCGAUCAAAAUGACUGCGCUCGGAAGACCUCAAUUUCUGCUGGAGUUCUCAGAGGUCUUGGUAAAGUGGCAGAGAUUUUUUAAUUUUCUGGCCUUGAAGCAGGGGAAGGUCGGCGGAGCGGCCCUGGAACGGAGGGUUGACCUGACGCAGCUGCAGGAGCAGCUGACCGGACUGGGGGCCUCUGGAGACUACCACGGCUGGUUUACUGAAAAUAACAAAGGAUCGUGCGGCACCAUCGAUGUUCUGGACUGGAGCUGCCUUUUGGACGAUAGAGAAAGAAGCGCAGAGCUGCUCGUUGUGCCGAACGUCCAGUUGGGGAAGCUGGAGCCUCUGCUGAAGGAUUUCACAGAUGAAGAUGAACAGCAGCUGCAGAGGAUUUUGCAGCGUGUGGACGAAUUAGCCAAAUGUGCUGUAGAGAACGGCGUGCGUCUGAUGGUGGACGCAGAGCAGACGUACUUCCAGCCCGCCAUCAGCCGACUCACGCUGCAAAUGCAAAAGAUCUACAACAAAGAGACGCCCGUGAUCUUCAACACCUACCAGUGCUACCUCAAGGACGCCUUCACCAACGUGAGCACGGACGUCCACCUGUCCCGUCGUGAGGGCUGGCGUUUCGCCGCUAAACUGGUGCGAGGGGCGUACAUGUACCAGGAGAGAGAGCGAGCGAAGGAGCGAGGAUACGACGACCCCAUUAACCCCGACUAUGAGUCCACCAACGAGAUGUACCACAGGUGCCUGGACUUUGUGCUGGACGAGAUCGCCCAGAACGGAAACGCUACCGUGAUGGUGGCGUCGCAUAACGAGGACACAGUCAAACACACCUUGAGGCGGAUGAACGAGCUCGGCCUCACGCCCAGAGAGAACAGGGUGUACUUCGGACAACUGCUGGGAAUGUGCGAUCAGAUCAGUUUUCCACUCGGUCAGGCCGGUUUCCCCGUGUACAAGUACGUCCCCUACGGUCCCGUGGACGAGGUGAUGCCGUACCUGACGAGGCGCGCCCAGGAGAACCGCGGCUUCAUGCAGGGGGCGCAGAAAGAGCGCGAGCUGCUGUGGAAGGAGCUGAAACGGCGGGUUUGCUCUGGAGAGCUGCUCCACAGACCUGCGUUCUGACGAGGACGUGGUCGGGUCUUCUGUUUUCAUCGUCUCAGGUGGAGGGCUGAUGCUUUAGUGCGAGCGCCGGGUCUCCAAACGCCGUCCCUCCAAACGCCAUCCCUAUAAACGCCGUGUUCGGGUUUGUGUUUCGUAAAGAAGCGUCUGCUCAGAUGUUUCGUGCUCAGGAGGUUUUGACAUCGUUCUAGUCGUGGAGCUGCUCGUUAACGCUGCGUUUUCAACUCAGCGUCUCGCAAAAGUACUGCACAAAACCAAUACUGCAGUGAUGAGUAAGUAAAAGUACAGACACAGAGAUGAAAACACACUCAAGUAAAAGUACCACAUGAAAAACCCCACCUUAGUACAAGUAUUUAAUGUUCUUCAAGAGUAAAAAGUAAAAGUUAGUGUUAAAUGUCGUGAUACUGAUAAAAAAUGAGACAUAUUUUGGUCGGCAGUGACAAUACAAAUCCAUUUCUUCAUUUUUCUUUUGAAUUUUAUGUAUUUAUUUGUGUUUUUGCUCUAAUCCGAAGCUUGAACUUGAAAACUUUAAUCAGGAUGUCACGACAAACGGUAAAAAUAACCCCACAAAUCAGAAGAAAAGUGAAAAGAAGAAAACGUGUGGUGGAGUAGAAAGUAAAGCUUAUGAAUCUACUGAAGUAAAACUACAAAGUACACCGUAAAAUGUACUCCAGUUAAGUACAGAUACCUAAACAUUCUACUUAAGUUACUUCACUACUUGUACUUCGUUACCUUCCAUCACUGUAAUACUGUUAUUUGAUAUUUUGACGUUUGUUCAGCUGAUAUUUUAUUCAGAUAAAGUUGUUCAGUCGUUACUUGUGAAAUAAAACACUGGGAUCCAUUUUGUUACUGUGUUUUUAGGGGAAAUGCCUCUAUAAUCUGUUAAUAUCAGAUAUCAGCAAAUACUUCAAGACAAAAUAUUAAAGGUUCUUCUGUAUUUGACACAAAACUGACUCUUGUCGCUUUAAUCCAUUUUAUAAUGUCGUUUCCUCCUCAAAAACAGACCUGGAGUUGUGUUUUGUUUCAUUCACACUUUAUUAUUAGUCUGUAACAUCUACAAACCUCAAAACACUCUGUUCCACCUUGUGAUGUCAUCAAGUGGUCGUUUUCAACCUUUUCACGUCUGUGCGAUCCCUCAGUCGUCUGGUCCAGAGCAAAAGACGAAUUUUAAAUCUGUAACUGGACAAAUCGUCGUAGGAGUGAAGACGUUUCACCAACAAAAAGAAACAAAGUGAACAAUAGUAGGGCCAUUAAAGGUUGAAUAGGGUCGUUAAGGCUGAUUUCCAGGUCUGAAAUGAUCCAAAUGAUUCUAGAAAUGAAGGUGUGUGGAGUUUAAAAACACCACACGAUGACAUCACAAGGUGGAAUAGUGUUUUUUUUUUUCAGUUUGAGAGAAAAACACAGCUUGAAUUUGCAGGAUUUGUGCGUUAAACGUGUGCAAAAUGAAACAAAAACUAAACUCCAGAUCUGUUUGUGACGAGGAAAUGACAUUAUAACACAAAAAAAUCAGAAAACAGCGUCACACGGGCACUUUAAUACUGGAGGAUCCACCGUUUUAAAUCAGAAAUACUGUAAACAUAAAACAUACACAGUCUAUAAGAUGCAUCCGUGUGUUAAGAGACACUUCUGCACUGACUUUACUUUACCUAAUACCUCAGAAUUUAUGGAAACACUGUUCGUCUUCCAUCCCUCUGCCCUCUAUCUCUCUCUUUUCGACGCUCAGCUCGUCUUUGCAUCUAUCAGCGUUCCUCAUUCAGUCGACCACUUGUCUAUAAAGCGCCCGUAUCCAUCACGGCGGCGCCUUUACUACUCCGAGAGGACUCCCUUAAAUGUCACGCGGAGCAGCCCAGUGUCGCUUUUUAUCGCCCUGUUUAUUCUGCAGCGGGACAACAAUAAUAAAAAUAACAGGCUUGAUUUAAAUGGCUGUAAAGGCGGCGUCGAUACACCCGCCCGCGUACAGGUUUUUGGGGGGUCUCGGGCAGCCAGACGGCCCCCGGAGGACGGCGCUUUGUUAUGUGUUGUGCUGUACUUCAAAGUGUACUCAGCUUUUAGAAAAUGUUAGUUUAUAUGUUUACGGAGACGACACGGCGGAUCGUAUACCUCUUAAAAACGGGGAUUUUUGUGUAAUCUUGGUCAGUGAAGUGUUGCAGACAGAUUCAGUGUUGGAUAAGUGUGUUUUUAUAGUACGGGUGCCCACCAGGGUCUUUUCUCUUUGUGUUUUCUCUUCCUGUGGUUUAAUAUUUAACGGAUACGGAUGUGAUUUUGUUGUGAACACUGUGAAAAAACUGGACUUGCUGAUCUAUGUUUGGGAUUUUGGGGGAUUUUUCAAAUAUAAAUGUUUUUGUUUGUUUUUGUCGUCUUUGUUCACAAUAAUGAGGUGUUUUUUUAAUGUUUUUUUCUGAAUAAAAUGAUUUGGGUUGAA